CUGUCGUAACGAACUGUCAAUGUCAUAAUAAUAAACAACAAAACGUCAUCGUAAUAAAAAGUAACACACUUUACUGACUUCGAUUAAGUUUAUUAAUUUUAACUAUUAUCUCCGCUGUUCUAUAGUUAGAAAUAUGCUUUCUGCUUUGAAGAAGUUAACAAAAAGUAAUGAUGACCGUUGCCCAGCUCCAAUGCCAAUGUCUUCCUCGCUUCAGAAGAAAUUUUCAAAAGGAGUCCACUUUAACAUGAAAAUAUUGAUCAAAGGAGAUAGGAAUGUUGGAAAGUCAUGUCUUCUUCAGAGGUUACAAGGAGGACCUUUCAUUGAAGAAUACGUUCCUACGGAUCAAAUACAAGUUGCUCCCAUACACUGGACUUACAAAAAUACUGAUUACAUUGUCAAAGUAGAGGUAUGGGAGGUUGUAGAUAAAGGGCGGACAAAGAAGAAGCCACCUCUGGGCUUGAAAUUGGAGAAUCAGUCGGUCUCCACACCUUCAGACGAUGGGUAUGAAACCCCAGUGUUAGAUGCCACAUUCUUGGAUGUUUACAAGAAUGCCAGUGGAGUAAUACUAAUGCUUGAUAUUACAAAACCUUGGACAUUUGAAUAUGUAGUGAAGGAGCUCUCUCGGGUGCCAGCAGACCUGCCCGUCGUGGUGCUGGGCAACCACUGCGACAUGCAGCAUCACAGACAAGUGCACCCACACCACAUAGAACAGGCACUCAGCCAUGCUAAGAUGACCAGAACUGCUCCAAUACGCUACGCGGAAUCUUCGAUGAGAAAUGGAUUUGGACUGCGACUGCUACACAAAUUCCUCAGCGUACCUUUCCUCAGGCUACAGAAGACAAGUUUGUUGGAACAAUUGCAAAGGAACCAGAAGGACAUGGAAGAGAUUGAGAAAGAACUUGAUGAUUUCCAGCAGAAUUCAGAAGAGUCACACUACAACCUGUUUGUGGAUCGGCUGGCCAACAAGCGGCGACAGAGCACGGGCCAACAGGAGACCAGACCGAACAACGAGCGCUCGCCGAGCAUUGUGCUCGGUGCAGGCAAGCCUAUUGUCCCGCCUAGCGUCAAUCCACUCCUAGCACAAUCAUUGAACCCUAUGGGGAUCAAGGCACAGUACAGUAAUGAGAAUCAACAGGUGAAACAGAGCCAGUUUGUGAACCCUGAACUGUUGAAACCGAAGCAUUCAGUCAGUAUGGACAUGACGCCUUCCAAAAUGCCGCAAGACAGUGGUCAGAGUACGCCGACGGGCGCUAACGUGUCGGCGUCAUCUGGUGGCUUGGACGAAUUCUAUGCCGGAACGUUGGACAGCAGCUUCUUGGAAGAUCUGACGCCACUGUCAACUUCUAAUCAGGAAGUUACCUACGAUAGUGACAGUGACGAUGGCAACACAACAAAUCCAAUGGUCACAUUUGACGAGGAUGACCUAGACGUGGAUGUGAGCCCCACAGUGGACUCGUCACUAACAAUGCAACACAAUGAGCUCAUUUCCCGGUCUAACAAUGAGGAUAGUCUCCGAGACCAGUUUAUGACACACGUGUCAAUAAGCAAGGAUAGCAUGAAGUCUGAGAGCAGCGAUAUUGGCACGUUGUCCAUACUGAGCAGUGAGCAUCAUAGCCAAUUGACUUUGGACAACGAUUUUCCGCUUUGGGCUGGCGAUUCUAGCGCUCGGAGGUCGCCAGAAGGAGGGGAAGAUCCUGAUAAUACGAAAGAAUCCGAUGACAAGGUAAAAAAGCACAAGAAAAAGAAAUCUAAAAGUAAAGAGAAAGGCGACGGGGACGACGCAACGGACCACAAGGAAAAGAAACACAAACAUAGGAAGUCAAAAAGUGAUAAACGCAGUAAGAAUCCACAACAAGACCUAUUGGCUCCUACUACUGGCACAGAGUUCAAUUACGAAGAAUAUGAUAGCAUUUAACUCAAUUGGAGCCUGAGCGAAAUAUAGACAAAUGUAUUGGCAACGAGAAAAUUGGCUUUCGUAACUAUGAAAAUAAUAAAUGAACCCGGACGCACAUUUUAUUCUGUGAAAAUAGUAAAAGAUGAGCUAUUGUUUCACACAUUGUAAAUUUUGUAAUGAUUUUGAUUACACCAAUGAUCGGCAGAGGGCGUAAUCAUUCUUCUCGUUGCCAACGAGGCGAGUCUUUGGAAUCGAUUUAUAAUAAUAAUCUUCGCAAUGCAAUUUUCGUGUAAGCUUUGUUAUUAUUGUAAUGUGGUUAUUGUUGUUGUGAUAUAUAACGAACAAGCUAUUUAUGUGGCAGGAAGAUUGCCUAGCCUGCUAUGUUGAUUAUUGAUGAGGGAAGUAUUUUGUUUCACUAAACUGUUGUUGAGCUGUCUUGUACUAGAAUCCCGACUCUUUUCUGAACAUGUCGCUUCAACUACGCCUGGCGUAAGUUUGGCGUCUAUUCGUCUACUUUAAGACGUCUCGUAAAUAUUUAUGUCAUUACCUUUAAAUUUAAAACCUUUAGCUCCGACAUAGUUCAAUUCAUAAAGACUGGUCAUAGUUAUAACGGACUUCUGAGGAGCGCACCCAGCACAAUAGAUUUUUGGCGCUCUAUAAAAUUGUAUGUAAUUUUCAUGCAACGAAUUACAUCAAGCGCUGCCAUCCAUCCAUAAUUAUUCUGAUCAAAAUAAAGAGAAGCAAUAUAGGUACAUUAUGUUGAUAAUGUGAUCCAAAUAUCAAGCAACAAUUAUCUUUAUACACUUCUCAUCAAAAAAAUCGAAACACCUUGCAAGUUUACGUUUUGUCAGGAUUAUUAGAAAAAUGUGUACAUUUAGGAAUAAAUGUUAAAUGUCGUUUAAUAGUGAGUAAUAUGAGCUUAUCAAAUCUUAAUGUUAAUGUUCUAAAUUUAAAUGAAUUUUUCAUAGGUUUCGUAUUUUGUUAAAUGAGUCAUUUUUAUUCCGUAUGGAGUAUAAAGGAAAUGGAUAAAACAACACACGUAAAUGAAAAAAAAAGCUAAAAAACGUUUAUUUAAUAACUUGUAUUCCCUCCCCGAGCUCUAAUUACUGCUUCCAUACGGUUCUUCAUCGAUCGGAUGAGAGUCACGAUCACAUGCUGUGGUAUAUUGUCCCAUUCCUCUUGGAUUGCAUCUUGCAGCUGGCUAAGUGUUUCUGGGGCAGGAUCUCUUGCUCGAAUUCGUCUCUUUAAUUCAUCCCACAGAUGUUCAAUGGGAUUCAUGUCCGGGCUUCUUGCUGGCCAUUCCAUAAUAGAGAUAUCGACUUCGUUAAGAUAAUCUCGUACGACGCCCGCGGUGUGAGCCCUAGCAUUGUCGUGCAUGAAUAUGAAGCCGUUGCCAAUAAAAUGUGCAUAGGGCAUCACAUGAGGCUCGAGACACUCUUCGACGUACCGAUGACAGUUUAGUGCAGGCAGACGUGGCCCAGACACGAAAGCAAGCUCUGUCUUACCGUCGGCGCUGAUUCCUCCCCAAACCGUCCACGAACCGCCACCAUAGCUGACCUUUUCUUCAAUGCAGCAUUGUGCAUAGCGUUCUCCGUCUCUUCUGUAGACCUUGUUCCUUCCGUCGUUACCAUACAGCAUAAUUUUACACUCAUCAGAAAAGAGAACUUUGCUCCACUGUAGGUAUGACCAAUUUAGGUGCUCACGUGCAAAGUUAAGGCGCGCUCUUCGAUGGUCUGCAGUUAAUUUCGGCCCAUUUGCUGGCUUAUGCGGUACCAGUCCACGAUCCUUCAACCUUCUUCUAAUUGUAGAGUCACUUACAGCCACCCUUCGUACAACACGAAGCCGCUGCUGCAGUUGAAAAGCGUUAAGGCGUCGAUUUCUUAAAGAAGUUGUUACAAUAAAUCGAUCAUCUCGCUCAGAAGUGACCCGAUUCCUGCCAGAUCCUGAACGGCGCGUGAACAAACCAGUCUCCCGAUAACGUUUAUAGACUCUAUGAACAGAUGACAGGCUUAGAUGCAGUCUUGCAGCCACAACACGUUGACUAAGGCCAGAAUCCAGCAAUGCCACAACUUGGGCGGCUUCUGUGGGCGAAGUAUCCAUACGUUUUAGAAAAAAAACCUUUUUUCAGACGUCCCAAAGUCACAGUAUUGAAAUAAAAAACAAAAAGUUUAAGGAUAGGCGCCAAUUUUUAGUUUUUAAACGCUAAAUGUACUCCAACCCUAAACACACAUUUGUCUCAAAACAGUGAUUCAUUUCGUUUAUAAGAUAAACAAAUGAAAUUCUAAUUUUGAAUUUAGAAUUUUCGCUUAUUACUGUAAUGGCCAAACUGCCAGCUAUACAUUUAUGUAUUUUUUUUCAUCGUAUGAAUUCUUUUUUGUGUUAAAUUCGGACAGAAACAAUGAAAACGGAAGUGUUUCGAUUUUUUUGAUGAGAAGUGUAUAAUUAUGCUUCUGCCAUUACAUUGUAUUUUUGAAUACUUAUGUACCAGUGUAAUGAGAAAAUAGACAACUAUCCUGUUAAAUCUCGGACAGCUCCAUCUAUAUUAUUUUGGGGAACGUAGCCUGGAAAGUCUCUCAUUCCGCGCUACUGAGUGCUCUCAGACGCCAGUUAUAACUAUUCCGAUAUUGGACCUUACAAAAUGUAGUCAAUAAAAAGAUAUGAAAUUGUGUCUCCCAGUUUUCGAAGCCUACUUAAUUAGCAUUUGCUAAUUGUAUGAAAUUCUGUGAGAUGUUUUGUGUAUUGAGAUUUGUACGAAUUUUAUUUUACGAGGGUAGUUACAUCUAUCACAUGCGGAUUGACAUUCCACAGUCUCAAAGCCAAUGGAUUUCAUUGACUAAUUGUAUGAUGUAACACUUCAGUUGAUUGCUCGGGUAUGCCUAGCGUGAUUUCUUUCAAUUUUGUUCGUCAACAAAUACUGACGACAAAUACUGAAGAGACAAAUAGAGACGAUAUCGAAUGGUACUACCCUAAAAUAAUUACCAGUAUUUACGUGAACAUUCCUUGUUAUUUUUUUGAUUUAUAUAAAGUAAAAAUGUUAACACGAUUGUGAUGUAGUAAUUCUUUUCGCUUUGUUCUAAUCUUCUCAGAUCUGAAUAAUUUAUUUCUUACUUUGGCCUGUGCUUCUAUGUAUACUAAUAACUAAUUGAAUUUAUUGCGAGUAAGCUCCAUAUCCCUUUCGGUUGAUUGAGGGGAUGGCUGUGUUCAGCAACAAGACGUAUACCCUAUUUAUGUUAUACGUAUGUUAAUCUUAAUGCGCGACUGGCUCUUACAAUUUUCAAUUCUUAUAAUAAACUUAUGCCCAAGUAGUUUUUUAUAUAAAGUAUGCAAAUGUUAUACAUUGACCUAUAGGUAUUGUUUAUGCUUGUUGUUGUAUAAUAAAAUAUUUUUAUCCAAACGAGAGCAA